AUGUAUCACUGUAAACACGGGAUCUUUUUCGUACGAUGGUCCCCCAAGCCAAGACAAGCCCAGGGCUUUUGGCUUUUGCUUUUAGCGGCUCAAGGAAUCAAGGAAGCGAGCAGAUGGAUGGUCCAUCGAGCGAGUAUUCCUUGUCCGGGUCAGUCGGAUUGA